GAGCGCCCGCGGGGAGCCGGAGAACGCUAUGGCUCCUCGGCGCCUCCUGUUGGUCGGGGAAGGGAAUUUCUCCUUCGCCGCCGCUCUGAGCGAUACCCUGGAUUCCAGCGCUAGUCUGAUCGCCACCAGCCUGCAGCACCCAGCCGACUUGGCUGGGGAUCCGGUAGCCCUGGAGAACCUACGGCGCCUGCGCCAGCGAGGUUCGGAGGUACGUUUCGGCGUGGAUUGCACCCGACUGGCACAUGCCUUUGAACCACACGACAGGGAGUUUAAUCGGAUUUAUUUCAAUUUUCCGCACUGUGGACGCAAAGCUGGAGUAGCUAGGAACAGGGAACUGCUUGCCAAGUUUUUCCAGAGCUGUGCAGAUGUUCUUGCAAAGGAAGGAGAAGUCCAUGUGGCACUGUGUAGAGGACAAGGUGGAACUCCUGCUGAUAUACCCCAGAGAGAGUGGCAGAACAGUUGGCAAGUGGUUGCCAUGGCAGCUCUAGGAGGGUUCAUUUUAAGUGAUGUGCAUCCCUUCAGCUGUGAGGCUGUGCCGGGAUACAAGUGUACAGGCUAUAGGAGUCAGGCUCAGUCCUUUCAUGUGGAAGGUGCUUUGAACCAUAUCUUCACCCAGAGCUUGCCCUUUGAAGGGUCUCAGCCCAGAACAUUCAGAAUCAGACUGGGAGACCAGUGGUUUUCCUUUACAGAACCAGAAGCACUUGCAGGAAAGUUGAACAGGGGGUUCCUCGAAGCACCUUCCCACCAUCCUAUCAAAACCAUAAAUGAGAAACUCAUUGAUGAAUUGGGCAGAGCUUUCCCUCUAAAAAGGCUGAAGUGUUCCUUCCCUUUGUUGGUUCAGGGGAGCACCAGUGUUCUUCCUCCUGGGAUCUGUGACAAGCUGUCUGUCUUUUGGAUUAGUCUCCAUGAAGAUAACUCAUAUUCGGAGUCCCUGACUCCUGGAAUAACACAAGAUAUGGAAGGCACUCUCGUGUCAUUUUCAGAACUUAAUCUUCCUGGGAGUCCUAGAAGAGAUGACAACGAAGCAGCUCAGGACAGACUCUAUGGACAGGCCAAGGUCUGCCUUAGACCUUCUCUUCUAGUAUAUGGUCAAACUGUCAUUCAAGCACCAGACUUCCUCCCAGAUUCCCUGCACGUUCUCAGUGGACCUGUCUUUCGGAAGUGCCACAUUUUGCCUUUCACAGUGCCAGCAUUUCAUGAGACUUUAUUUAUUCUUGGAUUUAAUAAAAAUAUGAAGAGCAGCCACCUUGAAUCACUGCUGGAUCACCUGACAGGCAUUCUAGAUAACCUCCUCACUCAGACAGUGCCAGGAGGCGCCAACAUGAGCAUAUCAGUGGAAUUUGUCCUUCAACCGAAUGGGGAGGAUUACAUAAUUCAUGUGAAGCCUCAUAAUUUUGGCCCAGGUUGUACCAAAGAUCUGAUUAUUGGGUCUGUUGUCACAUCUGCUACAAAUAUUACACAUAAAGACCAAUGUUUUCUGUUUGUAUCUAUAAACUUGGACUUAUUAGCCAUGCUUGUCUGGGAUAUUUCUGAUUGGAGAAUAUUGUGGACUUUUGAUAACCGUUUCCUGAAAAACUUUGUCCCCAGGAAAAUAGAACGCUUCAAAAGCUAUUCGCUGUAUCCUCCACACUAUAUCCAUGAUAUUAGUUUUUGGUUACAUGAAAAGAAAGGAUUUGAUGAACUAGAGUUUCACACUGUAGCCCGAGCAGUAUCUCAGGAAACUAUUAUUUCCAUACAAUUCCUUGGUCGUUUUCAGCAUCCAAAGACUGAACAGGUCAGUCUCUGCUAUAGAUUGAUCUACCAGACUUGUGAUAAGGCGCUCAGCAAGCAGCAGGCUGCAUCAAUGCAAUCCCGGUUUAGAAAAGAGAUUCAGCAGCGACUACAUGUUAUACUUCGAUAGUUUAGUAAAGGUAUUUCUACAUAUGAUCUUUUGUUUGUGGAUGAAAAAAAGCUUGUAACCAGUAUUCCCUUCUGAAGGCCCUCUCUCUCCAUUCCCCCUCCCUCCUGUCCUCUCUCUCCAUCCCCCCUCCCUCCUGCUCUCUCUCUCUCUCUCUCUCUCUCUCUCUCUCUCUCUCUCUCUCUCUCUCCUGUGUGUAAGAUCUUUUUCUAUGUGACUCCAGGAGUGUUGCUUGACCCUAAAGAUACCCAUGACUAUCAUUUAAACUUAAGGACUGUAAUGUUUUGACUCUUGUAGUAAUACAGUAUUUUGGUCCUGAAUGAUGACCAAAACAACAAACAAAACAUCUUUUGACUUCAGAUAU